AUGUCUUCCGUUAUCCACCUCCUUCUUCUCAUCAUCCUUCUAUACAUCUUCGGCUCCAGACGCGCCAGAGCGUCCGUUCGUCCUGUGCCCAUCAAGAUCUUCAGCUUUCCAGCUCUCCUCGUGGACGAUAUCCUCACUAUGCUCAACGACGGGCCCGAUAAUCACCUUGAGGUCCGUUUCCCAAGUACCUCUGUGAUCUACAAAGUCAUGUUCUCGAUUAUCUUCUGCAUCUCUCCACUAGCCUUCCUCUCCGUCUCAGCUUUUAUAUUCUUUGCAUAUGAGUCUCUCUAUUUGAGCAUAGCUGAUAAGAACCCUGAUGAUGCUUCAGAAGUUUUGUGA